AUGCGUAAAGCGAUUGCGUUUCUCGUUCAUCCACGACUUCUCCUUCUCUUCCUUGUUCUCUCAAUUUUCCUCAUUUUCACAUUUACUGGUUCUAUUACUACUUAUGGUUCUACUACUCCAAAACAGGUUUUUGAGGACAAAGUAGAACAGGAGCCUGAAAUUACACACAGAGUAUUCUUGGACAUUGAUGUUGAUAAACAGCGUUUAGGUAGGAUAGUGAUUGGAUUAUAUGGCCAAGUUGUACCAAAAACUGUGGAAAAUUUUAGAGCUCUGUGUAUAGGGCAGAAAGGCAAGAGUGCAAAUGGCAUAAAGCUUCAUUACAAAGGAACACCAUUUCAUCGGAUAGUAUCUGGUUUUGUGAUUCAGGGUGGAGAUAUUUUUCAUCAUGACGGUAAAGGGUCUGAAUCUAUAUAUGGUGGCACUUUUCCUGACGAAAAUUUUAAGAUUAAACAUUCUCAUGCUGGCGUUGUCUCCAUGGCAAAUUCAGGACCUGACUCCAAUGGCUCACAGUUUUUCAUUACCACGGUGAAGGCCAGUUGGUUGGAUGGAGAGCAUGUUGUAUUUGGCAAAGUUGUUCAAGGCAUGGAUAUUGUGUAUGUAAUUGAAGGGGGAGCCGGAACCUAUAGUGGGAAACCCAGAAAGAAGGUUGUGAUAGCAGACUCUGGGGAGAUACCCAAGAGCCACUGGGACGAUGACAGUUGA